UCUGCUGCUAUGCACGUCGUAUGAAUCGCCCACCAACAAAACCGAUUACCAUGCCAGGUAACAAACCCAGCUCCACCCGGCUGCAAUUUCUUACCCCAUCUCCCGCGUUGUUCUGUGCCCAAUGAGUCGGCUCCCGAACAUUCUGACGACACGUCCAUUUCGUUGGUCACAGCACGCUUCUUCUGGUCCCAGCCGUCUGCACGACCGUGCUGGCUACUAGUGUCAAGUGCAUAGCGCGUCACGGGACUUCCUCUGGAGGACUAGUCAGUCUUACGGGUCCUGUGCGGGAUUCUCCCCGUCGCUGCGAAGAGUGUCGAAACCCGCGUUCGAAUGAACUCCUCGACGCUGACGUGCUUCUAGCUUGAGACAACCUCUCGGUCGAUCAUUCUCGACAUGUUUUAGGAGCCUGGCCGUAUUUAUACAUAUAUGGAAACUGACGCAAAUCCUUGCUUGACCAUAAUCUGUCAUGCAAGCACAGUAAUUAGACCAGUCUCCGCGCUGACGCCUGGAGGCCCGUCGCGCACGUUCAUGAAAGGUCCCCGAUCACAUUGCAAUUUGGAAGGAAAAGAACAAUGCCUCGUCGACGAGAGGCAGCUGAGGGCAGCGCCGAAAAUUCUGCGACCGUCUGUCCGUUGCUUCAGCGAUAUGUUCAUCCCAGCGCACUCGAGAUCCAAAUCUCCCCGUUUAUCUCAUGACUAUGACUAUCAAGUUCCAU